AUGGGAAACGGGGAGGACCUCCCCCUGGUGCAGCAGAUCUGGGACUUGUAUGAAAGCAUCAGCAAACUGCCCUCCUUGAAACCCUCCAGUGACGUCAACGACCUCUUCUCCAAGCUCGUUCUUACAUGCGUCCCGCCGAGCCCGAUCGAAGUCGCCAGGCUGAGCAGAAAUGCCCAGGAGAUGAGAUGGAAGCUCAUCAGGCUGUGCGGGGAGGCGGAGGGCUUCCUGGAGAGCCACUUCUCGGCACUGCUGGGCUCCUUCGACAGGCCUCUCGACCACGUCGAGAUCUUCCCCUACUACACCAACUACGUCAAGCUCGCCCACCUCGAGCACGACAUCCUCAGCAAGCAUACUGCUGGGCCUCCGGCUCGCAUCGCCUUCAUCGGCUCCGGACCGCUGCCGCUGACGUCCAUCGUCCUGGCCCAGCGCCACCUGCGGUCCACCUCCUUCCACAACUACGACAUCGACGAGGAGGCUAACGCCAAGGCCCGCCGACUCGUCGCUCCCGAUCCCGACCUGUCGGGGAGGAUGUUCUUCCACACGUCGGAUAUAAUGGAGGUGACCCACGCCCUGCGGGAGUACGACGUGGUCUUCCUGGCGGCGCUGGUGGGAAUGACCGCGGAGGCGAAGGAGCGGGUGCUCGAACACUUGGCGAAGUACAUGGCGCCCGGCGCUGUGCUGAUGCUGCGCAGCGCUCACGGCGCUCGCGCGUUCCUCUACCCCGUGGUCGACCCCAAUAGCCUGCGGUGCUUCGAGGUCCUCUCGGUGUUCCACCCAACGGACGACGUCAUAAACUCGGUGGUCCUCUCUCGCAAGUUGCCGGGCUGCAGCCUUCCGGUGGAUCUUGGGCACGGCCCCAUCCUGUUCCCUUGCAAGUGCUCCGGUGUUCCCGUCUUCAACCCUAUUAACCACGGAUACAUGAUGGAGGAGAUGACAGCACUUGAGGAACAGGCCUCUUGA